AGCAUGUUGAACAUUGUCGAGUUGUUUUUGUUUAAAUACGUUGGAAUGUUUGAAUGCACAAAGUCCGAAUGCUAGUGCUACAUUUGGCAGCGCUGGCUCGCAACAGGAUAGUCUCAUCAGAUUGGUCCAACCGGCUCCGUGUCAGAGCGCCCUCCCUGUGUCAUCAAAUGGCAGCAGAGCUGGAUAUUAUGGUCGCUGAUGGUUUUCAAGUCCUUUGCAACUUUGAAACCGGUUGUGGUUUUUGGACCCAAGAUGGAGUGCCACCCUUGCGUCGAUGGUGGCCUACUGCAGAGCACUAUCUCCAAGCAGGAAAAUUUCUGGAUUUAGAUUUGCAGGAGAAGAUUCGCACGCAGUUGGAUCCAGGCAUUGCGAAGCACUUGGGGCGCACAUGUGGCCCACUACGGGCAGACUGGGAUGAGGUGAAGCAAGCUCGGCUUCGGAAAGCUCUUUGGGAGAAGUUCUGGGCACACGCAGCGGCUCGCAGGUGUUUGUUGAGCAUACCACAGGACACACGAAUAGUUUUUGGCAGUACUGUGGACCCAUUCUUUGGUAUUGGGGCGGAUGGGUAUGGGCAAAAUGUCAUGGGUGAGGAGCUUCAGAGUUUGCGGGAUUUCUUGUUGCAGUACUCAAGCCGCAGACAGAUGUUGAUCUCAAUCGCCGACGGCAUCGGCGAGCCAUUUGAGCCUGACACCGUCCACCUUGAUAUGACGGGAAUUUGCCCAGAAAGCACCUCCAGAUCGGUGGCCAAUAUUCUAGGAAUUUCACCGGAUGCCAUAGAAGACUUAGACCUUGUAUUCGAUGAUGGUUUCGAGAGGCGUCCAGUCUCUGAUUUCAGCACGGCCAAAGAAAUGGAGACAUUCCUGGCAACCGUUGACGACUGCAAGCUAGAAGUAAGAAUUCUUCAAGUAGCAGUUGUGACACUCUGGAACGGAACAGAUGAUAGCUACCUUGCUCGCGCCGAUGUCAGCCACUUGUCAUCCACUGCUGCCAGUGUGACAACACGUUUAGAGUCCUUGCUUCCAUUGUUGUCAUACAAGGAGUUUAGUCCAGCAGUGACCUUCAGUGUUGAUGGUUCACAAGAGGAGCCUCUUGUGGAGCUUUGCAUGGAUUCAAUUCGACGGGCUGCCCUUGAGGGCGCAGAUGUGAUCAUCAGUGGUCAUUAUUCCUUCCCAGACACAUGCACCCCGUUGAUGCUCCCACCAAGUGAUGUUGAAUCGCCUGCGGUGGUUGCUGGAAUUCACUCUGGCCUCUCUGCUGCGGAGCUCUCGGAUAAGAUUAAUGGCUUGAUUUGGGGAGCCGCCUUGGGUGACGCUGUAGGCCUGUCAACAGAGUUUAUGGAGAGAUGUGAGGCCACCAGAAUCUACCCAAACCCCGCACAACUAAGCCCAGCUUCACGGCACGAGGACAAGCACAGAAAACGUUGGAUUCAGGGAGACUGGACCGAUGACACUGACCAGAUGAUUAUACUCUUGGAUGCAAUUAUUUCUGGCCACGGGAUUUUGAGCCCCCUCGACUUUGCCAGAGCCUUGAAACGGUGGCGAAACUCCGGCUUUCCAGAACUUGGUGAUACGUCAGGGCUUGGUGUGGGUCAAACCGUGAAUUCCGUGCUCGAGCACCCGGUGUUUGAGAUGGCGCCUCACAUUGCUGCCGAUGUGAUUUGGAGGCAGACUGGCCGCACGCUUGCUGCAAAUGGUGCCAUCAUGCGAUGUGCGGCAGCGGGCAUCGGUUGCUUUUGGGAUGAGAGGGUGGUGGAAUACAAUGCAGCAACAUCAGCUUCAGUCACACACACAGAUCCUCGUUGCGUGAGCAGCUGUGUUUGCAUCGCUUUGCUUCUAUCUCAAGUGCUAUCAGGACAUGGAACAUCAACCUUAGACCAACGAAUCGAACUUGCACUCUCAACUGGCCUCCGAGCAGUGAAGCAUUUAAAAGGUCAAGAUGCUGAUGAGCUCCUGCGAUAUGUGAGUGUUGCAGCUGAUGGUUUGCAAUCUUUGGAACUGGCCUCUGGAGGUAUUGGCUACACCUUCAAGGCCCUCGGUGCUGGUCUAUGGGCCUUUGUCCAUGCGGAUGACUUCAAAGAAGCAGUGCAAGCUAUCACGAUGGAAGCAGGCGAUGCGGACUCCAAUGCGACUGUCGCUGGCGCCUUGAUGGGAGCUAGACUAGGCUUCUCAAACCUGCCUAAAGACUGGAUCAGUGAGAUCCCUGAACCGCAAGCACAAUGGUUGCAGCAAAGGAUCCACAGCUGCCUAGCCAUGCUUCGACUGGCCUAGACUUAGACUCUCCAAAAGACAGACCAGGAAGACCAAAGGUGUCUUCCCCGUGCUCAGCCCAUCGGGA